CUUCUUCAUCCAGAACUCUAAUUUAUCUGUAUAUAAUUAGUUUUAUACAACCAAAUAAAUAAUUUUUUAUUUUAUUUUUAUUUUUUUAAUUUUUUAAUUUUUUUUAAAUAAAAAUAGUUUAUUUUAAAUAAAUUUUAUUUUUUUCAUUUUUAAAAAAAAAAACACAACACAACACACCAAAUAAAUUUAGUUAAUAUUUAUUUAUUUUAUUAUAUAUCUUUACACACAAUAUACACACAUCCAAUAAACUAAAGAUGGCCAACGCAACCAAACGUUUACAAAGAGAAUAUACAGAUUUAGUUAAAGCUCCACCAACAUGGGUCAAUGCUUCACUUGUAGGUGAUAAUUUACAAAAAUGGAAAGCCUCAGUUCAAGGUCCAGAAGGUACACCUUACGAAAAAGGUACUUUUAACAUUGAUAUUGAUUUCCCAAAUGAAUAUCCAUUCAAACCACCAACUAUUAAAUUUAUCACUAAAAUUUAUCAUCCAAACAUUAAUUCAGAGGGUCAAAUUUGCGCUGAAGUUUUUUCAAGUUGGAGUCCACAAUUAAAAGUAACUGAUGUUCUCAAUACCAUCCGUUCAAUUCUCGUUGACCCAAACCCAGAAAAUCCAUUAGACGCAGAAAUUGCUCAAAUUUUCAAAACUGAUAGAAAUGCUUUCAACAAAACUGCCAAGGAAUAUACUAAAAAAUAUGCAAAAUAAAUAAUUAUCUUUUUUUAUUUAAUAUAUAAAAUAUUAAAUAUUGUAUAAAUAAAUAAUAAAUAAUAAAAAAAAAAUAAUAAAAAACAACUACAGUUUAAAGAUUUUUUUUUUUUAUUAUUAACAAAAAAUAAUUAUUAUUUUGUAAAUAUUAAUUUAAGAGCAUCAAAUUUUAUAAAUAAACUUUAUAC